AUGUCUUUCUCCGAUUCAGAGUCUUCAACCUCUCAUGCCCGCGACGGCGGAGACUAUAAGUUCUUCCGUCAGAUUAGCCGCGAGCGGUUGCUACAUGAGAUGCUUGGGUCUACCAAAACCGGGGAUUCAAAAGCCUGGAAGAUACUUAUCAUGGAUAGAGUUACUGUAAAAGUUAUGUCUCAGUCUUGCAAGAUGGCAGAUAUCACAGAUCAAGGGAUUUCCCUGGUAGAAGAACUUUUUAAGAGAAGGGAACCAAUGCCUGGCAUGGACGCUAUCUACUUUAUCCAACCAUCCAAAGAGAACAUUGUUAUGUUUCUAUCAGACAUGUCUGGGAGGGAACCUUUGUACAGGAAGGCAUAUAUAUUUUUCAGUUCAACUAUCCCCAAAGAGUUGGUCAACCACAUCAAAAGCGACUCAAGUGUAUUGCCACGCAUUGGUGCAUUAAGAGAGUUGAACAUGGAGUACUUCCCCAUAGAUAAUCAGGGAUUUCUAACUGAUCAUGGGCAAGCAUUGGAAACGCUCUAUGCUGAAGAUGCUGAGAAUUCACGCCAUUUUAAUAUUUGUUUGAAUAUGAUGGCAACUAGAAUUGCUACAGUCUUUGCUUCAUUGAAGGAACUACCCUUUGUUCGGUAUCGAGCUGCUAAGUCCACAGAACCGCGGGACUUGGUUCCGUCAAAGCUUGCUGCUGCUAUUUGGGAAUGUAUCUCAAAAUAUAAAGCCAUUCCCAACUUUCCCCAGACCGAAACAUGUGAGCUGCUCAUUGUGGAUAGAUCAGUGGAUCAGAUCGCUCCUAUCAUACAUGAAUGGACUUAUGAUGCUAUGUGCCAUGAUUUGCUUGAUAUGGAGGGGAAUAAACAUGUUAUCGAGGUUCCCAGUAAAACUGGUGGGCCUCCGGAGAAAAAAGAGAUAGUGCUUGAAGAUCAUGAUCCAGUGUGGCUUGAGCUUCGACACACACAUAUAGCAGAUGCUAGCGAGCGUUUGCAUGAGAAAAUGACCAACUUUGCCUCAAAGAACAAAGCUGCACAGAUGAGAUCAAAAGACGGUAGCGAGUUGUCUACGCGUGAUCUGCAGAAAAUAGUUCAGGCUUUGCCUCAAUAUGGAGAACAAGUUGACAAACUAUCCACUCAUGUAGAGCUAGCUGGAAAAAUUAACAGAAUAAUCAGAGACACAGGACUUCGGGAUCUUGGGCAGCUGGAACAAGAUCUCGUUUUUGGAGACGCAGGUGCCAAGGACGUUAUCAAUUUUCUGAGGAUAAAUCAGGACACAAACCCAGAAAACAAAUUGCGACUAUUGAUGAUUUAUGCAACAGUGUACCCAGAGAAGUUCGAAGGUGACAAGGGCGUAAAGCUAAUGCAGCUUGCUAGAUUAUCGCCCGUGGAUAUGAAGGUUAUAAGCAACAUGCAAUUGAUAGCUGGAUCUCCAGAAAGCAAGACUAAAUUCGGUAGUUUCUCCCUCAAAUUUGACGCUGGAAAGACAAAACAAGCAAACAGGAAAGAUCGGUCUGGUGAAGAAGAAACAUGGCAGUUGUUCCGCUUUUAUCCCAUGAUCGAGGAGUUACUUGAGAAACUCGUGAAAGGCGAUCUAUCUAAAAGCGACUAUCUAUGUAUGAACCAAUCAAGUCACAAGGAGGAGAGUGAAGCUCGAACAGGAUCAGUGAGGAAGAGCGCUGCUCCUACGUCAGUUCCAGAACGAAAAGCCACCCCUCAUUCGAUGAGAUCGAGACGGACUGCAACUUGGGCACGUCCCCAUUCUUCUGACGAUGGAUAUUCCAGGCACGCACUCUAA